GAGAUCUGAAUGGAGGAGAUUUGAAUCAAUGAGUUCAUGUAAGAAAGGAUAAGCAUGGGUUUUAGCCUAACACAGGCAGUGUUGAGAGAAUGAGGAGAGAUGUGGAGAGGGAGAGAGCUAAUGAUGAGCACUGUCAUUGUUUUAGCAUAAGGCGAACGAGGGGAGGAGGUGGGUGUGAAAACAUAUUCCACUACCACGAGCAAUCGGAGUGCACUGCACUCAAAGAAAACAUACAACAACAUGCUUGUGCCAGCAAAGUCAAGCUUUUCGGCAACUUUUCUCUUCCAUAUGCUUUGCCUAAGCUCAUGCAACUCAUAAAAUAUUAAAGUAAAGACUAUACUUAGGAUAAAACCCAUUCAUGUUUUUGGUGGGUUCCACACAUAUGUAGCCUGACAUUCUUUGGCCAGGGACCAGCCUUGGGUCCCAUAAAGUUACAUCAUGAUCAUCAUUAUGCACCCACUAUUUAAUCAAAAAUAGCUACUCUCUUGCAACUUAAGAGUUGAGGAAUGAGCUUUCUGUAAUAAUAAUAGGAAUUAAUGAUAAUAGAUUAUGAAAACAACAUACAUAGGCAAAACAUGUGCGUUUACUUCACUAUCCCUUGUGAGCCUUUGGAAUUUCAUUUCAUUGAAGAGCCAUGUCCUCCUCCUCCUUCCAACUUUCCUUCUAUUUUAGGCUUACGCCAAAAAGAAACUUCAAGCCGCCUCUGUUUGUUGAGAGAGGAAUAUUCACAUAAUCCCCUCAUAUUAUUAGGAGUAGAUCCACGAUGGAGCUGGAGUCAUGCGUGCCACCAGGCUUUAGAUUUCAUCCCACUGAGGAAGAACUAGUAGGUUAUUACCUCAGGAGAAAGAUUAACUCUCUGAAAAUUGAUCUAGAUGUUAUUAUCGACAUUGAUCUUUACAAGAUGGAGCCAUGGGAUAUCCAAGGUAGAUGUAAGCUAGGGUACGAUGAACAAAGCGAGUGGUAUUUCUUCAGUCAUAAAGACAGGAAGUAUCCAACAGGAACACGGACUAAUAGAGCCACUGCAGCUGGAUUUUGGAAGGCAACAGGGAGGGACAAAGCUGUUCUUUCAAAGAAUAAAAUCAUAGGGAUGAGAAAGACUCUGGUUUUCUACAGGGGUCGUGCACCUAAUGGGAGGAAGACAGAUUGGAUCAUGCACGAGUAUCGACUCCAAACUUUUGAACAUGGACCGCCACAGGAAGAAGGGUGGGUGGUCUGCCGGGCAUUUAGAAAGCCAAGUCCUAAUCAAAGGCAAGGCUUUGAAGCAUGGAACCAUGCUUACUAUAUCAGAGAUAACAGCCAUGUUAGGCCUCCAAUGUCAAUUUCAGAUAUAGUAAGUACAUCUCAUCAUCUUCAUCCGAAUGAAGGAUCAAGUUUUCAUGAUCAAUCCUAUGGUUCGGAGCAAGAGCUUGUUUCCAACCACAAUGUCUUGGACAGCCAACAAGUCAUUGAACUCCCACAACUGGAUAGCCCCACUACUGUUUCACCAAGUUUGGCAGCAAAAGAAGGUUUCCAGCGGAAUUUCGUAACAAAUUAUGAGGAUUGUGAAGAAGAAAAGAGCAAUAACAGUAGCCAAUACAUUGACUGGAAGCACUUGGACAAUUUUCUUGCCUCACAGCUGACUGAUACAACAUCUUAUCCAUAUCAAACUGCGCCACUAAUACCCCAAAACUACGAGCUAGAUGCUCAAGAACACGUUAGCCACCUGCUUGGUUGCUUCCCUGGAUCAUAGCGGAAGGCCCAAGUUUCACAAUUUAUUUAUGCAAAAUGCUGAUCCAACAAAGCUAAAAGCUCCUGUCUCAAAUAGGAACUAAGUUUGAAAAGUCCUUCAGAUUUACAUAACAUUUGCAUGCUAAAAAAGUAGAGUACGUGUCGUAGAGAAAGAAUGGAUUUCUUAUGAUAAAAGGAGACUUUCCUGCAAGCUUUAGAGGGUGUGUAGAAAGUUUCACUUUACCUUUUUUUUUUUUUCUUUUUCCAUUUGUUAUGCUUACAAAAUUGUAUAUUGCGCAAUAGUGCAUAUAUAUAAAUGACUUUGUAAUAAUGUUAAUCUUUUCUUA